AUGCAGCAACAAGACUUCGACGAAAGCAAAGCAUACCAACAACAAGGCCCCGUAGAUUUCGACGACGGCCGCGAGCUAGAACUCCUAAAUUUCGUCUACAGUCGACCGAAUAUCGAUGAGAUCCGCAACUCACCGCAAAAAGUUCUCCAGGCGAUUGAUGAAUUUGGUCGCACGAGGAAAUAUCUCAUGAAUGUCGGAGAGUUCAAGGGGCGUACGGUUGAACUCGGGGGCUACGUUGGCUACAGUGCAAUCCUCUUUGCCGAAGCCUUACGCAAAGUCGGCGGACAGAAGUACUAUUCUCUCGAACGCAAUCCAGAGUUCGCCGCCGUGUUGCUUGCUCUUGUUGACCUGGCGGGCCUGAGCGAUAUCGUGAAGGUUGAAGUUGGUUCCAGCGACGCAUCGAUCCAACGCCUGCACUCUAGCGGUCACCUGCAGCAUAUCGACAUGUUGUUCCUCGAUCAUUGGAAGCCUGCUUACGUGACUGAUCUCAAACUUUGCGAAGAACUCCGUCUUAUCAAGCCUGGCUCUAUACUCGUUGCAGACAACGUUAUCAGCCCGGGGAAUCCCCCAUAUCUCGAAUACGUAAGGUCGACUGUAGCGGAAAAACGUGAAAAGGCCCGCACUCCACAAGGAGCGGAUGCCAUCCAAGGACUUUUCAGCCCCAAGCAAGUCGAGCUGUACAAGAACCGGGUACCAAACGGGGAACUGGCGGACAGCAUUGGUAAUCCUAGUUUAGUAUACGAGAGUGAGCUGAUCGAGGGGUUUGAGCCGACUGGGGAAGCAGAUGCACUUGAGGUCUCGAGGUGUAUUAGAGAAGAGACUCUUCUCAACGAAUGA